AUGAGCGAUAUCUGUGCAGACUGUGGACACAAGUUGAAAUAUAUAGUGAAUGAAGGCAAGGAUGACAGUGUAGAUACACUGGCCGCUGAAGUCGACUCACUCUCAGUCGAGAGGAGCACGACCACACAGGACAUCAAUGAUUGCCAAUGUUGUUCAAGCAUCAGACACAGCAGCAACAGCAUCAACAACAUAGAUAGAACAGCAUCACCUACUGCUGCUGCAGAGGAUGACUCUAGUAUGAUAGCGACUCCUCAACAACCUACACCACCAAUACUCAAGAUUAUGAAGCGUAAUCCAUCAAAUACGUCGAGCAACUCUUUGGACCGAAACGGCUCCAAGAAGUCACAGCAACCAGUCACACUCGAGGAGAAGCAGGCCGCCUACAACAAGGCUCGCGAGAGGAUAUUCCAAGACAGCAUCGACCCAUUAUUGGACAGCGGACUAGGUCUAGGUGGCGUUGACUCAACAUCGACGUCAUCAUCAUUGAGUGAUACUAAUGUCACUAACGGUGGUGGCAUUGACUCAACUACCUCUGCCUCAUCAAUCAACAACAACAAUACGAUCUCUUCUACUUCAGCACCAUCGACACCGGUCUACAAGAAGAGCACUCUCAACAAGAACUCGCCCAACUUUGUUAGUCAACUAAGACAUACUUCGCCACCCUUUUACUCAUCUCAACAACAACAUCAACAACAACAACAACAGAUACAACAUAUGCAGCCACUGCAACCUCAGCCCCUGCAUCCACAUCAGCAACAACAACAACAGAGGCCGUACUACAACAAGUCAUCAUCGCCACCUCAUGUACCGCGCAACUCAAACACACCGCCACUGUUACCAAACCCCCUGCCUCUGCACUACUCCUCCCCUUCACCUUAUUUAUCAAACAACAAUACUCCUCUGCCGAUGGGCUACAUUGACCAUCAGCAGCAGCAACA